CUCUGCCCCAGCUGACUGGCAGUACUUGUUUACUGGUGGAGGUACACAGGGAGAGCCGAGAGGGGGAAAACUACACCGCCGACAACACGAGAGAAGUUUUACCUACUUUCAGCCCAUUCCCACGCCAACGAGUUCAUCAGAACCGCACACUGAGGUCUCGCGGACGGAUUUGAGUGGUUUUAUGGGCAGGCCGGACGCGCGUUGUACGCAAGUCUGUUGAUAAACGUGGAAGAUUGCAACGCGGCCGAGACGCGCGUACGCACACACACACUUCGGAAGCAUUGUGCAUUGAAAGCGAAGGCUUUGGGGGAAUUUGUAUAUCUUUGUUUUGCUUUCAACGCUUUUAAAAUACAAAAACGCGCGUGCAUAUUUAAUCGCAAGUGGACGGAACGCAAAAAUUCCUCUCGAAGUGGAUGCAUGUGUAUAGGAUGAGCUGUCUCUGAUAGGAACAUUUGGCAGUGCAUGAAACGACCUGUGGAAUAACGCCUUUUUUUCUUUUUGGUCCCUACCAUUUGGAGGCAUUAAAAUCUGCCACAUUAUUAGGAUUUUGGUCAAUUGACAUAUUUUCAGUGUGCAUUUAGGAAUAUAUUUUUUUGCAUUUAGUAACGGGACACCCGCCCUGGACAACCACGUUUGUAUUAUUAUUAUUUCAUGAAUUUGCAAACUGGUUCCUUUCAACCCUGGGGCAUGAAAAAGUUGCAACGUGCUGUACCCAUUUGGGUACACUUAUCCUAGAAAUGCAUGGACAUUUUACAAGCCUGAUCUACUGAAAGCGAAGAUGCAAAGCCGAAAUCUCUCAAAAUGAUUUUUGUUCUCUUAUUUUUCACCAGGGUGCAAGAUCAUGUUAUUUAAUGGUAAAUUCACCCAUGCUGCAUUGGCAACAGCUACUUAGAUUGGACAUUAUCCUAAUAAACUGAGGCACGCCGGACCCCUGGGUCCCCUUCUUUGGGGGUCUCAUUUAAAUUGAGACGUUUUUCUUCUCUUCUGUUGGUCUUAAAAGAUUUUGAACACACCAGAGGUGGAUUUAAUUGCCCAAGAAAACUAAACCGUGUCGCGAGGCAUAAUGCGGCUGGACGCAUCUGUGGUUGUUUUGGUCACUUUCGUCUACAUUGUGUGCCACUGCGGAGCGUUACAUGGAGAAAUUUGCCCCAGCACGGACAUCCGCAACAAUGCGACCAACCUGCGUGUUCUCGAGAACUGCACGAUUAUCGAGGGCCACCUGAAAAUUCUGCUCAUGUUCAAGACCAGACCAGAAGACUUCCGUGGCCUCAGCUUUCCGAAACUAGUCAUCAUUACAGAUUACCUGCUUCUCUUCCGCGUCUACGGUCUGGAGAGUCUCAGCGACCUGUUCCCAAACCUCACUGUCAUCCGUGGCAACAACCUCUUCUUUAACUACGCCCUGGUCAUGUUCGAAAUGCUCCAACUGAAGGAAAUUGGCCUCCACAGCUUGACCAACAUCACUCGGGGAUCGGUGCGGAUCGAGAAGAAUCCAGAUCUGUGUUACUUGUCCACCCUCGAUUGGUCCAAGAUCUUUGAUUCGGUGGAGGAUAACUACAUCGUGGCCAACAAGGAUGAUCGGGAGUGCGGAGAUGUUUGCCCAGGAACCAUCACUGGGACGAUCACCUGCAAACAGACGACCAUCAACGGGCAUUUCGGCGAACGCUGCUGGAACCAGAAUCAUUGCCAAAAAAUUUGCCCUUCUGAAUGCAAGAAUGGUGCCUGCACCCCCCAUAAGGAGUGCUGUCACGACCAGUGUCUGGGUGGCUGCUCUGUGCCAGGGAACUCAACCAAAUGUGUUGCUUGUCGCAACUUCCUGUUUGGCGACACCUGCGUGGAACGCUGCCCGCCGGGCUACUACACCUUCAAGGGAUGGCGCUGCGUGUCCUUUAAAUUCUGCCAGGACCUACACAACCAGUGCAAGGGCAAGAGCAGUGAUUGCCACGAGUACGUCAUCCACAACGGGGCCUGUAUCCCUGAAUGCCCUUCUGGAUACACCACCAUGAACUCCACCACGCUGAACUGCAUUCCGUGUGCCGGUCGCUGUCCUAAACUGUGUACGGGAGUGAAGACGGUGGACUCGGUAACAGCGGCUCAGGCUCUUCGAGGCUGCACGAUUCUCAACGGGAGUCUGAUCAUCAAAAUUCGUGGAGGAAAUAAUAUCGCAGCAGAGCUGGAGGCCAGUUUGGGCCAGCUGGAAGAGAUCACAGGCUACCUGAGCAUCCGCAGAGCGUACGCACUCGUCUCUCUCUCCUUCCUCCGCAAACUGCGUGUUAUCCGUGGUGAAACCCAGGAAGUUGGGAACUAUUCGUUCUAUGCUCUGGACAACCAGAACCUAAGACAGCUGUGGGACUGGUCCAAACACAACCUGACCAUCCUUCAGGGCAGGAUGUUCUUCCUCCACAACUCAAAACUCUGCAAAGCUGAGAUCCUCCGGAUGGAAGAGGUGACCGGGACCAAAGACAGGGUUCCCAGAAACGAAAUCAACAUCCCUACUUAUGGAGACCAGGCCUUUUGUGAAAAUCAAGUUCUCCGAUUCACAAAAAUCCGCAAAUCCCACGAUAAGAUACUUAUUAUAUGGGAGCCGUUCUGGCCACCAGAUUUUAGAGACCUGCUGGGGUUCAUGGUCUUCUAUAAGGAAGCGCCUUAUAAGAAUGUGACUGAAUAUGAUGGUCAGGAUGCUUGUGGCUCUAACAGUUGGGCAAUAGCUGAUGUUGAUCCGCCGCAACGCGCCACAGAGGGUAAAGAGCAGGCAGAACCGGGACAUCUCAUCAUGCCUCUAAAACCCUGGACCCAGUACGCCAUCAUGGUCAAGACCCAGCUUGCCGCAUCUGAUGAUCACCAGGUCCGCGGCGCAAAGAGCGAGAUCAUCUACGUCCGCACCAAUGCAACACGACCCUCGGUACCUCUGGACCCCAUCUCCUCCUCCAACUCCUCCUCACAGAUCAUCCUCAAGUGGAAGCCACCUUCCGAUCCCAACGGCAACAUCACCCACUACCUGGUCUUCUGCCAGAAACAGGAAGAGGACAUUGAAUUCUACAAGUAUGACUACUGCCAGCAAGGGAUGAAAGUGCCGUCUCGUACGCCUGCGCAGUACGACACAGAGGAAGAACAAAAGUGGAACCAGACAGAGGUGCCUGGCCAGACAAGCAACUGCUGUGCCUGCCCCAAAACUGAGACUCAGCUGAAGAAGGAAGCCGAAGAGACUGAGUUCCGCAAGACCUUUGAGAACUACCUCCACAACGAAGUCUUUGAACCCAAACACUCACGACGUCGCCGCUCAGUUGCCAUGGCUAAUGCUACCUUGCCGAACUUUCUGACCACGCCCUCCAUCCUACCCAACAUCUCCACUACUCUGAGCCCAGAGGAGGACAAGAGUCGGAAGCUGGUGUUCACGGUCAGCGCCAAAGAGUCCAUUGUCAUCUCCAACCUGCUCCACUUCACCAGCUACAAGAUCGAGAUCCUGGCUUGCAACAAACAAACAGACCAGAGCCGCUGCAGCUUGCCUACAUUUGUCAGUGCCCGCACUAUGCCUGAAUUAAAAGCGGAUGACAUCAUUGGCGCGGUGACUCAUGAAAUUCUUCCUGAAGAACCGGAGUUUGUCUAUAUCAAAUGGCAGGAGCCAAGAGCACCCAAUGGCAUGAUCAUACUGUAUGAAGUCAAGUACCUAAGGAUGUCCGAUAAUUAUGAGGAUCAAAUCUGUGUCUCCAGAAUCACUUACGUGAAAAAUCAUGGUUGUCGAUUAAGAGUAGGGCAUCCUGGAAAUUACAGCGUAAGAAUCCGCGCCACCUCGCUGGCUGGCAACGGUUCCUGGACGGAGCCUGCAUACUUCUCUGUUCCAGACAGGGAAAUGAACAUGAAAAUCAUCAUUGCCCCGGUCAUAUGCUUCAUUGUUUUGCUGUUUCUAGCCAGUACAGUCUUCAUUGUCCUUAAGAAGAAACAAACUGAAGGACCGACUGGCCCCUUAAUUGCAUCUUCCAAUCCAGAAUACAUUAGCGCAAAUGAUGUGUACAUUCCAGAUGAAUGGGAGGUGCCUCGCGAGAAGAUCAACGUUAUGAGAGAACUCGGUCAAGGCUCGUUCGGAAUGGUGUAUGAAGGCAUCGCUAAAGACAUUGUGAAGGGCGAGCCCGAUACACGAGUGGCCAUAAAAACCGUUAACGAGUCGGCAAGUCUGCGCGAGAGGAUCGAGUUCCUAAAUGAAGCGUCUGUCAUGAAAGCCUUUAGCUGCCAUCAUGUGGUUCGUUUGCUAGGUGUGGUCUCUAAGGGGCAACCAUCAUUGGUUGUCAUGGAGCUGAUGACCCAUGGAGAUCUGAAAAGCUACCUGCGUAGUCUGAGACGUGAUGCUGAAAAUAACCCAGGCCGUCCACCGCCAACCCUCAAGGAGAUGAUCCAAAUGGCGGCGGAGAUAGCAGAUGGCAUGGCAUACCUCAACGCUAAGAAGUUUGUACACAGAGAUCUUGCUGCCAGAAACUGCAUGGUGGCUGAAGAUUUCACAGUAAAAAUUGGAGAUUUUGGCAUGACCAGAGACAUCUACGAGACUGAUUACUAUCGUAAGGGUGGUAAGGGGUUGCUGCCCGUCAGGUGGAUGGCGCCAGAGUCUCUUAAAGAUGGCGUUUUCACUGCUCACUCAGACUGCUGGUCUUUUGGAGUGGUAUUAUGGGAGAUCAGCACGCUUGCCGAGCAGCCUUACCAGGGACUGUCCAACGAGCAAGUGCUCAAAUUUGUCAUGGACGGAGGAUACCUGGACAGACCAGAGAACUGUCCAGAAAGAAUGCACAACCUCAUGCAGAUGUGUUGGCAGUACAACCCCAAGAUGCGGCCGACCUUCCACGAGAUCAUCGAGAUGAUCAAGGACGACCUGCAUCCCUCCUUCCAAGAGGUCUCCUUCUUCUACAGCGAGGAGAACAAACUGCCCGAGAGCGAGGAGUUCGACAUGGACUUUGAGAACAUGGAGAGCAUACCACUGGACCCCUCAUCCUGCUCCCAACGAGAGGAGAACCUCAGUAGAGACAAUAGCCCCACGGUGGGCUUACGGGGCAACUACGAGGAGCAUGUGCCCUACACGCAUAUGAACGGUGGAAAGAAAAACGGCAAGAUUCUGUCUUUACCCAGAUCUAGUCCAUCCUAA